UGUUAGUCCUCGCUGCCUUCGGAGGUGUUCCCUGGGUUUCCCUCGCCGCCGCCGGGUCCCCCCGCACCCCGCCUUGGCCCGUGCGCAGCCACUCUCCCUGCCCUCCUCGCCUUCACCAUUCCCGGGUUUCUGCCGUCGGGGCGCCGGGGUCGGGCGAAUGAUGCCGUCGGAGAGUGGAGCUGAGAGCCCGGAGCAGCCAGCUGCGCAGGUGGGGACGGAUGCUGCCUCGACAGUGGCCACGGCUGGGGCGGCCGGCGGCGGCUCGGACCCGGAGGCGUCCUCCGCCGGCCUGGGACGUCACCAGAGCCGGCUGAGCUGGCCACAGGUGAAGCGGCUGGACGCGCUGCUGAAAGAGCCAAUCCCUAUUCACGGGCGAGGCAACUUCCCCACGUUGAGCGUGCAACCCCAACAGAUCGUGCAGGUGGUCCGCAGCAGCCUCGAGGAACAGGGAUUGCAUGUACACAGUGUGCGGCUGCACGGCUCAGCUGCCAGCCACGUGCUGCACCCCGAGAGUGGCCUCGGCUACAAGGACCUGGACCUGGUGUUCCAGGUGGACCUGCCGAGUGAGGCGUUCUUCCAGCUGACCAAGGCAGUGGUCCUGGCUUGCCUGCUGGACUUCCUGCCAGCGGGUGUGAGCCGGGCCAAGAUUACGCCGCUGACACUCAAGGAGGCCUACGUGCAGAAGCUGGUGAAAGUGUGCACGGACCUCGACCGUUGGAGCCUCAUCUCGCUAUCCAACAAGAGCGGUAAGAACGUGGAACUCAAGUUCGUGGACUCCGUGAGGCGCCAGUUCGAAUUCAGCAUCGACUCCUUUCAGAUCGUCCUGGAUUCCCUGCUCCUCUUCGGCCAGUGCUCGGCCACACCAAUGUCAGAGGCCUUCCACCCAACCGUGACAGGCGAGAGCCUUUAUGGGGACUUCGCUGAGGCCUUGGAGCACCUGCAGCACCGCGUCAUUGCCACCCGCAGCCCCGAGGAGAUCCGGGGCGGUGGCCUCCUCAAAUACUGCCACCUCCUGGUUCGGGGUUUCCGGCCAAGGCCCAGCACCGACGUUCGCGCCCUACAGCGAUACAUGUGUUCCCGUUUCUUCAUCGAUUUCCCGGACCUGGUGGAGCAGAGGCGCAUCCUGGAGCGCUACCUGGAGGCUCACUUUGGUGGAGCAGAGGCAGCCCGCCGGUACGCUUGCCUUGUGACACUACAUCAGGUGGUCAACGAAAGCACCGUGUGCCUCAUGAACCAUGAGCGCCGCCAGACACUAGACCUUAUCACCAUGCUGGCUCUCCAGGCACUAGCUGAGCAGGGCCCCGCCGCUGCCGCUGCCCUGGCCUGGCGACGUCCGGGCUCAGAUGGGGUUGUACCAGCCACUGUUAAUUACUACGUGACCCCCAUGCAGCCUCUGCUGCCCCGGGCUCACUCCUAUCCCACCUGGCUGCCUUGCAACUGACUCUGAUCCUGGCCAGAAGGGAAUGAGUCUCAUGGGGGUGGGGUGGGGUGAGCAGGUACGCGUGGAGGAUGUGACCAGGCACAGGCCGCCUGUGCCAGCUGGCCCGGCACAGUAGGGUUGGGCCUUUGAACAGACCAGACUUUCCUGCACGAGGCUCCCUAUGGGCUUUAAAGCCUAGUCGGGGUUUUGAACAGAAGGCCCAUUUGGUCAUCACACCACACUCUUGAGCCUGUAUGACUGUGGGGACACAGAGGCUGCUUAUCAUGAAGACACAGAGUCCCCUUGGGUGGUAGCAACAAGUUGGGUUGAUUUCCAUAGCCUAGAAGGGGUGAGCCCACAGGGAUCAGGAAGCCUCUGCACUGGCUAAAAUAUACUAUGUAACAGGGCUACUUACUUGGGAAGGGGGGUUCAGCUGAGUGACUCACAGAGCCUGCUGGUCCAACCUCGCUGAUCAUUAGCAACAGGUAAACUAAGGCACAGGGCAGCUUCCUGGAUUUUCGGAGGGAUGGGAAUUCAGUCUCCAGAAAUCUGUGUCCUUGCCCUGAGCUGUGAGGACUUGUUGUGGGCUGAGGUAGACAGUGGACAGUUUCCAAAUAGCCAGAAUAGGAUGACAAGCCAUGCACUUCCCCAUGC